CCGUGGGGAGCGCGCUGGGGCCGUGCCCCCGCCCCGGGCAGCCGAUUUGUAACCGGCUUUUAGAAGUUCCCGCGACGUGUCCCUCCUCGCCUUUCCCCGAGUGCCCGCUUUGCGCACACCCUCUUUAUCCGUGGGCCGUGGGAGCGCGGGCUCGCUCGGGCCGAUUUGGGGAGAAGCCGGAAGAAGGCAGGUACAUGAGGCAUCUGGGCAAAUACAGAGAGGAUCUGUAGCAUAAGCUGUGGGUGGCUCCCCCUGACGCCUCCAGAAACAGACUGGAAUCUGAGACUUCAGGCCCCAGAGAAAGUGUACACGACCAGAACAGUGCAAUGGCGGUGGCCCUGGGUUGCGCGAUCCAGGCCUCGUUGAAUCAGGGCUCCGUGUUUCAAGACUAUGAUGCCGACUGUGAAGUCUUCCGUCAGCGCUUUAGGCAGUUCCAGUACAAAGAAGCGGCCGGGCCUCAUGAAGCUUUCAACAAACUCUGGGAGCUUUGCUGUCAGUGGCUGAAGCCAAAGCUGCGUUCUAAGGAACAAAUCCUGGAGCUGCUGGUGUUGGAGCAGUUCCUAACCAUUCUGCCCACGGAGAUAGAGACCUGGGUGAGGGAACAUUGCCCAGAGAAUAGAGAAAGAGUUGUGUCACUGAUUGAAGACUUACAGAGAGAACUGGAGAUACCAGAGCAACAGAUCGAUAGGCAGGAAAUGCUGUUGGAGGAGCUGGUACCAGUGGGCCCGGCACACGUACCACCAAACAUCCACCUGGAGUCGCCCCCACUGCAAGUGAUGGGACCCGCCCCAGAGGCCCCCGUGGCAGAGGCCUGGAUGCCCCAGGCGGGGCUGCCGGAGCUGGGCUACGGUGCUGCCGAGGAUUGCCGGCCCUUCCUGGACCCUGGAUAUCCAAUACCAAAGCUUGACGUGAGCUUUCCAUUGGAGCCUCGGGAAGAAGCGUGGGUGAAGGAACUACAAGAGUCCAAAGAAAUGAAGCAAUUACUUGAUUCCAAGAUAGGUUUUGAGAUCGGGAUAGAAAAUGAAGAUGAUACUUCAAAACAGAAAAAACUGGAGAACAUGUACCCAUUUAUUGUUACUCUAGAGGGGAAUGCUCUCCACGGGCCCAUCUUGCAGAAGGACUAUGUACAGUUGGAGAAUCAAUGGGAGAGCCCCCCAGAGGAUUUACAGACAGAUUUAACAAAACUGGUAGAUCAACAAGACCCCCCGGCAGGAGAGAAACCUGAAAAUUCCACCGUGGAAGAACCUCUCAACCCCAGGCCCCAGAAGAAAAAGAGUCCAGGGGACAAACCUCACCGAUGUCCUCAGUGUGGGAAGUGUUUUGCUCGGAAGUCACAACUUACAGGGCACCAGAGAAUUCACUCAGGAGAGGAACCCCAUAAAUGCCCUGAGUGUGGAAAAAGAUUCCUCCGUAGUUCAGACCUUUAUAGACACCAACGGCUUCACACGGGGGAGAGACCCUAUGAGUGCACCGUGUGUAACAAGCGAUUCACUCGGCGGUCACACCUGAUAGGCCACCAGAGAACCCAUUCUGAAGAAGAAACGUACAAAUGCCUGGAGUGUGGGAAAAGCUUUUGUCAUGGAUCGAGUCUCAAAAGACAUCUGAAAACGCAUUCGGGUGAAAAACCUCACAGAUGUCACAGUUGUGGUAAAAGUUUUAGUAGACUGACAGCUCUAACUUUGCAUCAGAGAACUCACACAGAAGAGAGACCUUUUAAAUGUAAUUACUGUGGGAAAAGCUUUAGACAGAGACCAAGCCUUGUUAUUCAUUUACGAAUUCAUACAGGGGAGAAGCCAUACAAGUGUAGUCAUUGUUCUAAAAGCUUCAGGCAGAGGGCAGGCCUUAUUAUGCACCAGGUCACUCACUUUAGAGGACUUCUUUGAGAAUUGUUAAAGGCAACAGGCUCCUGCAGAAAUUGACACUCAAAAAAAAAAAAGUCUUAACCGACAGCAGCCUGUUUGUCUUGGAAGAAUCUUUUCGUUUGAGCUUAUGAGAACAGGUUUUAAAAACUAUUUUAAAACCCCGUCUUCCAAAGCAUAUGAAUUGUAGAGUAUCCAUCUACUCUUGCAAUGUUCCCAGAUUCGAUUUAUUCUGUCUCUUAUUUUUUUUUUUUUUAUGACAAUGAAAAGUUUUGUGUCCCAGGCCAACCGUAUCAUAGAUAAAAAGCAUAUAAUUGAUGACAAUCCUUUUCAGGGUAGGGUUAAUAUGAUGGAUAAUCGUGUCCAUCAACAUAUCUCCUACAGCAGCACCAGAAUUAGUCUGCUGUCAUUAUUAAAGGCGAUUAUAUUAGUUCAGAGCUUUAUGUGUCGUAAGUAGCAAGAAAGGAGACAGUGUAUUUUGUCAGAUAAUAAAAAUGUGUCGGGAACACAUUUGCCUGGUAAGAACGGGGUUAUUUCCAUAGAAAGUUUUUAUGUUUAAGGAAAUUAAGAUUUUUAACCCGAGUUGGCUAGUCUGCUUAGUUGGCGGUCUGGAGUGAUGCUGCUUAGAGCUGAGUAUUCAUUUGAGGAUUUCUUUUGUUCACAGAAUAAGUAAGCUCUUUGUGGAAGAAUCCAUUUGACAGUUGAUGUCAUCCAAGUAGAAUUUGAUUUAAUUUAGAUUGACUGAGGAACCAGUGUCUGUUCUUUGUACUCUCCUUUGGUAUUCACCCCUGUGUCUCUCAGUGCUUUUGAAAUUUUACCCAUUCUUUAAUUCAGUGUCCCCCUAACUGUGUGUCAUAGAGCACUUAGUUCUACAAGAUAUUUUACAAAUAACUUCGGGACUCCCUGCUGUCUCCACUUUCUAGAUUCACAGUGCCCAUCAGCAUGUGAGAAUGUCUGAGAGGCCCUCCAGUAAAGGUGUGGCAAAAGCACCUCUUUUGGCUCAGUGUUUUGCCAACCUAUUUGACCCUAGAACCCCUUUUCAUGUACACCCAGUGAUAACCUACAGAACUAGUAUUCUGCAAAUAUUCCUUGGAACACACUGUCUUUAACAAAUAGAUCUAUAGCUUUCAGUAUAGUCUUGUUGCUCCCAAGCCUAGUUAUCUCCAGUUGUUUCAAGGGUGUUAUGAAAAGUUCUUUACAUAUAUACAUUUUUUUUUAUGUAAUACACACACACACACACACACACACAUCAUUUUAAGGAGGUGUGAGGGUCAGUAAUUGAGAUAAUUUAUAUGUCGCUCAGUGAUUCUCAACCUCUUUGAAAUUUACUUAUAACCACAUGCACAUAUUGCUACUUAUAUAAACAUUCUCAUGUAAUCGUGGUAAUGACUCAAAGACCUGUAACAAGGGAAGAACUCUCUUUGUCAGUUAUAGCUGUUGAUACCUGAAAAUAUUCCUUCAGCCUAGUUCCUUGUUGUGAAAUACAAGAGGUAGGACAUUCAAGUAUUUUCCCUUUUUGAAGAUACCAGUCAUUGUUUCCCUAACCUAGAAUUAGGGAAAGUAUAUAUAUUUUUUUCUAUUCCAUUGAAGUUCUCGGAAGUGAUAUUGACUAUAAAUAUUUCCGGGGCAACUACGAUGUGCCCAACUAGUCCUGUUCUAGGCUUAAUGGAAACCAGUAAAGACAUUAAUCCGUGAGUCAGGUUCAUAAGGAGUUUAUAAUAUCGUUAGUUAAACAAGAGUUGGGAAACACAUGGAGGACAAUGCAAGAGAGUUUGGAAUUAAGUGCCAAAUCAUAUGAAGUGCUAGAGCCAGGGUGUGUCUUUAAUUCUUGUCAUCUGGGUCCCUGUAAGAUGCUGCUAUAAGGGUGGGGUUAACGUUGAGACCCCAGUAGCAAUAAACAUGUUAACGUGGGAGGAGUCUGAAUGUAGAGGUGAACAAUGCGGAAUGUAACGGCUCCUCUUUUCUCUCUUGUGGACUUGCAUCCAAACCAGGACAGUGCCUUAGAAAGGAUGUGCCCAACUGCUCUGUAUCUAUGCAAUAUUUUAAUAAAGUGGAAAUGUGUAUGCU